GAAUAGGAAUUCAUUAAGUCUCGGCACGCAUGCGCCAAAGGGUCUGUCUGUCUGUCUGUCUGCUCUGUUUAAUCUCACAUCUUGCACUAUGAUAAUAUUAUGGAAAUCAAAAAGCUUUCUCUAAAUUGCUUACCUCAAAAGUUAGAGUGAUUUUUCCCUUCCUGAUUUUGAUUGGAUGGGUAACAUGGACGUGCUCAUGAGCUAUGCUAUUUUAUUUCAGGGAAAUCCCCUGAUAUCAGAGGUGUAGACGUAAUUGAGCGGACAAAGAUAGAUAUCUCUCCAGAUCAGCCACUGGACUUUCACUGGGAAGGUCAUGGGUUCAAGGUUCAAAUCCCAGCUGAUGCCAUUGCUACGACAGGGCCAGUAACUAGGGUGACAACACAUAUCCAGGCUAGUCUGAGUGGGGAGUACAAACUACCAGACGACAGAGUCCUUGUCAGUGAAGUCUUCUGGCUCUCACUCGAUCCUCCCGUGGAGACAUUUGACAAGAAAGUCACCCUCGCUCUCCAACACUGUGCCUCGGAUGACGACUCUACACUUGCCUUCAUUACAUCCACACAAGACAACCCACCUUACACCUUCCUCCCACUACCAGGAGGGUCCUUCUCAGAAUCAGGGCAUGGAACCAUUGAUGUAG